CAAUUGCUGUAAUAGUUUAAGACAAAAAAAUUCGAAAACAUUAUUGGGUUACUAUCGGGCGCAUAUACAUAAAAAUCCUGGGUUUCUUACAUUUUAGACUGGUUACAUUUUGUAUGAUUCAAGUAACUAAAAGGCGAGUACAAACCAUAAACUUAAACUAAAGAGAACACUUGAAGAAAUUUUGGAAAAAGAAAUGAAUCAAAUGGAGGGUUAUCCUUUUGAAAUGACUCACCUUCCAGAAUGUUUUCUGGAAAAAGCAAAGAAAGAACUCAAUGAAGUGCCAGAGCAACGAACUGAAGAGUUAAGAAAAUUUAAAGAGAUGUUAUCAACUGAUAAAACCUUCACUGGCAUAGAUUUUGAAGAUGAUUUCUUGUGGCUCUUUCUAAGACAUGCGAAACACGACGCUUCGAGAGCUCUGCCCCAUCUGCGGAAUUUAAUCAAACUUCGAAGAAAUUACAGCUCUUUAUUCCAAAGCAUUGAAGAUGACCUGUUCAAUUCCAGUCCCUCAACUCAGUGUUUUUCUAUACUUCCAAAAAGAACUCCGGAUGGGUGUGCAGUCAUUUUAAUAGAACUUGGCAAAUGGGACCCGGAGGAGUUUCCAAUAGAAAAUUUCAAAAGAAUGUUCCUUUUUGUGUUCCUGCAAACGCUCAGAGACCCAGUGACACAAAUCAAUGGAUUCAAGCUCAUUCAUGAUUUCAAGGAUACUAAUAUGAAACAUCUGAGAUGCUGCACUCCACAGAAUAUCUACCUGGAAUACCACAUCGGCUUGCAUUGUCUUCCAGGACGUUAUAAAGAAAUCCACUUCAUCAAUGGGUCUGCGCUCUUAAAGCUUCUAUAUGUUGUGGGAAAUCCCAUCAUUUCAAAGAAGAUAAAGCAAAGAAUGAUGUUUCAUUCGAAACCAGAGGAUCUCUUGAAUUACUUCCCCCCGGACAUGCUCCCCAUUCAAUGGGGUGGUACUCUGAAGGAUUACCAUGAUGAAAAUAUGCUGAAGAAAAUGAAUAAAGAACAUGGAAGAUACCCUACAGGAGGGCCUAAAAAUUAUUUUUAAGUUUUUCUAGUUUUCAUUUUUAAACACAAGACAUAAUAAAACAAUCCUUUAAAUACUCUUUAAAAUAUUUCUUUGUUUUGUGUAUAUAUAACUUAUUAGAGUAUUAUAUAUCCCCUGCUACCAUGCAAAAUAUCGUAUAUAAGGAUAUAAAUUGAAAUCAGUUAGCUGAUCUCUUUCAUAAUGCCAAUGGAUGCCAAAUGCCAAUACCAUCACCAAGAUUUUUGCUUUGAUCAUUUGGCAUUAUAGAUGAUAUCAGGGUGAUUUGAUUAAACCAUUUCAAUCAUAUUUUAUUUGUUGAUGUAAGCCGUUUUACAUUGUAAGGGAUGAUGUAUGCACACCUGAAAGACUUCUUAGACCUUAAUAAAGAAAUUUA